AUUGAGCAGGAUGGACAUUGUGAAGAUCAAUGUAGGGGGUUUGGUGUAUGAAACUAGAACUCAAACUCUCUCUCGAUACCCAGAUACUUUACUAGGAAGACUUUCAAGAAAAUCCGAGUUUUAUGAUAACCAAAGAAAAUGUUAUUUUUUCGACAGAAACCCCGACCUUUUCCUCUCGAUUUUGGAUCUUUAUCGUACCGGGGCGCUCCACUUCCCCUCAUCCUACUGUGGUACUAUGAUAAAACAAGAACUGGAUUUUUGGGAACUUUCUCCCAAAAUGUUAUCAGAUUGUUGUCUACAGAAAUAUAUCCAAUCCGAGGCCGAUAUCCAGACGACACAGAUGUUGAAGAAGACGUUUGAGGAAUAUGUACUGGACUAUACUGAAGAAGAAUGUCGUACAAGUCAAGUCAAGAGGAUCCUCCGGAAGAUAUGGCUGACAUUGGAGGAACCCUCAUCAUCCAGAUUAGCUAAGGUUUUCAACUACAUUUUCCUUGCAAUUAUAAUCGUCUCCCUGGUAACUUUUGUGUUGGGUGCGCAUCCGUCUUUCAGAGAAGAAAAGCUACCAUACGCUGAUCUGUUGAUGAUAAUUGCGUACAAGGACAUUCGCUUUUUCAAAGAGCUCAACUUGCAGAACCCCAAAGAAGUCAUGCUUGGAACAUCUCUCCCUAACGAAGCACUAAGGCAUUGUGAAAUGUUCACGUCCAUUUUCUUCACCUUUGAAUUAAUCUUUCACUUCAUAUCUUGUCCAAGGAAACUGAAAUAUUUUCGAUCAGCUUUAAACAUCAUUGACCUUCUCAUAGUGGUUGCCAUGUGGGUGACCUUUGCCCUCGAACAAGAUCUGGAAUUUCUAGUGACGCAUUAUGAACUGGUUCAAUUUUAUUUAGUGAUAAAAUCCCUGCUCAUUUUGCGGCUAUUUCGGGUGUUCAGACUGAUGAAAGUAUACUCUGGUUUGAGAAUAAUGAUGAUGUCGAUUCGAGCUAGUUUUAGAGAUCUGCUUCUCCUAACAAUGACGUUUCUUAUCACGUCACUGUUCUUUGCAAGUUUUAUCUACUACGCUGAAUUCUACGUGGCAGAUUCUUUCUCGGAUAUUUUGAUAGGAAUAUGGUGGUCAGUAAUUACAAUGACAACUGUGGGGUAUGGAGACAUGUUUCCAAAGUCUACGUUUGGGCACAUUGUCGGAGGCAUAUGUGCGUUUUCUGGUAUGCUGAUUUUGGCCAUGCCUGUAGCUAUCCUUGCAACAAACUUCAGCGAUCUCUACCAUAAAAACAUUUUGAGACAAAUGAAAAAACUUUACAUUGAUCGAAAAAUUAAAGACGUUGACAAAUUACACUCCUCCAGAGUGUCUCCAACAGACAUUGGUGAAAAGCGUCCAGUUAAAGUGAAGUGUAAAUGGUGAUAUCAGAAAAGCGGCCAGUUAAGGUGAAGUGUAACUGGUGAUGUCAGAAAAGCGGCCAGUUAAGGUGAAGUGUAACUCGUAACUGGUGAUGUCAGAAAAGCAGUCUGGUUGGCAAUUACUGUUUCACUCGUUUCUUAAUAUUUUAUAAAUAACUAGAGCUGGCAGUUUUGGAAUAGGUCAUCCAUGUAGCUCUAACUGCACGAUUUCGCUAAUACUAUUUGUGGACUUAACAUCAUUGAAAUGGUGACUAGCAGAUCCGUG